GUGGGUCCACAUAAGUCGGUAAUAAUUAAUAGCCAGUUACAUAAAAAAUUCGGCACGCAGCUUCACAUGGGCUGGGAAUAACCAUAAAAGUGGCUUUAUUCAGGAGUUAAGAUUUCAGUAAUGGAAUAUGCAUUUGGUGGCUUAGCUGCUUGUGGGGCAUGCCUUUUUACAAAUCCAUUGGAUGUCGUUAAAACCAGAAUGCAGCUACAGGGAGAACUUCUUUCCCGAGGAGCAUAUUCAGUUCUUUAUAAAAAUUCACUACAUGCAUUUUAUGUUGUAGCAAAGAAUGAUGGAAUCAAAGGUUUACAAAAAGGGCUCGUACCAGCUCUCUGGUAUCAGUGGACAAUGAAUGGUACUAGGCUUGGCUUGUAUCACUUCUUUGAAAAUCAGGGAUGGACACAUAGCCAUGGAUCUGUAUCUCCUUUCUAUAGUAUUGCCGCCGGUGCUAUUUCAGGAGCCUUCGGAGCAUUUACAGCAAGCCCAUUCUAUCUUAUAAAGACACAGCUGCAAAGUCAGUCCAGUGAAGUCAUUGCAGUGGGUUGUCAGCAUAAUCAUACCGGAUUUUUAUCUGCUUUGCACAAGUUAUACCGUGGCAGUGGAGUUUCGGGACUUUGGCGAGGAGUUUCAGCAUCAAUGUUGCGAACAGGCGUUGGUUCCGCUGCCCAAUUGUCCACGUUUACUAAAAGCAGAGAAACUAUCAAUAGUUUAACUAAACUGCCACCCAAUUCCUGGAAAUCAACUCUUGCAGCAGCAAUGCUUUCGGGAGUUGCUGUCGCAGCUGCUAUGACUCCUUUAGACGUUGUGUCUACUAGGCUAUAUAAUCAGACGCUAGACGUGCACGGAAAAGGAAUCUAUUACUCGGGCCCUCUAGACUGUCUCAUCAAAGUAUUCAAGGCCGAGGGUGUUUUCGGCCUAUACAAGGGGUGCCUUGCAAAUUAUUUACGCGUCGGUCCUCAUUCGGUUUUAACGUUGACGAUUUGGACGUAUCUUCGUGAGUCAAAGAUUGAGGAUAGGAAAUGACGGGAAUUCUAAAGGGAGUUAUUAGUGUUCAAUUAUGGAAACCAUCGAUGAAGUUUUUUUUUUUUUGUAUGCUUUAUAAAAACGUUACAAAUCUUUCAAUAGGGUCAAACUCUAAAUAUAGAAUAACGGUAGUAAUUUACGAAACGGAAUAGACGUGACUUGAUUUCCAUACGUAUGUAUUCAGAUUUUCCAAGUUGGCGAACUGCAGAAAGUUAAACAAAAGUAAAGGGACAGGGAAGAAAGCACGUAACCGAGUCAACUAUCACUAAAACAAACGUUUUCUUCAAAUGAGAUUGCUGAUGACUUCACCAGCGGACACCAAUCAUCCGACUAAAGCAGAUACAGUAUCUUUUCUGAGUUGUAUAAUAUAUUUACAUUUUUAAACUUUUUUUUAUUUUAAUUUAAAAUUUUUUUUUCUAGUAUGAUGUGUAGGGGAGAAGUUGUAGAGCUUCAAGCAUUGAUGUUACAGAUGUGUGAUGUGAAGCAGCUAAAAGCAUCGUGCAACAAAUGAAAGGAGGAUAAUGUAGCACAAUCUUCGAAGAUUUAACACUGUACAUGUUCGCGUCUGGUAAGGAGGUAACUUACUCGUUAUACGAAUCAAUUUGUUUGUUUUUUAGACUCGGAGAAAUACACAGCGUACAGCUGCGAGG